CGUGACAUUCUGCUUCAGGGUCUCUUUCAUUGCCCUGCAAAUUUAACCAACCAGAAAAUCUUCACAUCGAAAAAAAAUUCUCCGAAAUUAGCAGACAAAGAAGAAGAAAUUCUAACUCACUUUCAGAUCUAACGAAUCUUAAAUUGGAAAACUUCACCCAACUUUCUGUCACGACCCAUGUUUGCAUAUUGAAGAUCUAAUCUGAUUAGAGGCUAUAAGGUUCUGGGUUUCUUUGUUAUUGUGAUUGUGUGUUGGGUUGGUUGAUUUUUGAUUGAGUAAUUUGAAGGAAAUAGAGCACUUUGAUGGUGUUUUAUGGGAUCUGGGGAGAUCUGGAAGUUAGCCUAAAAUUUGUGAUCUUUAGCAUAUUAUUGGGUGAUUUGUAGUGGUGGAUCUAGUUUGAUUUGAAUCUGGUGUGGUAUAAAGUGGGUUUUGAUUGCAAAAUGGAGACUCUUGUUGUUGUGGAGCAGCAUAGGAAUCAGUACCAUAGCAGGGUCAGGUCAAACGGAUCAGGCAGAUUUGGGUCAUCACCAUCUAGAAAUUUUAGGCAGAUUAAUUGCAGGACCUUCCAAUCCAGUGCAGGUGUACUGCCUAGCCCGUUUAAGCAGUCUAGUUCACCUGUAGGUAAACGGGGUUCUUCAUUUUCAUCUCCCGCUCAUGUGUCCUCCCCACAUACACCCUCCCCUGGUGCUAAUUCCCAUUAUGUGAAUGGUGUAGACUCGAGAAGUAGUGUGAAGAGCUCUCCAAUUCCUAUCAGCAACCAUAGAAAUCCUAAAAAGAAGUCUUUCAAUGGACUUGCUGGUGGAGGGUUGUCGUAUUCUGAACUCUGGGCUGGACCUGCCUAUUCAAACUCUCCACCACCGAAUUCUUUGCCGAUGCCCAAGUUUUCACUCAGGGAAAAACGGGCUGUGUCACUUGAUUUGCCUGCUCCUGACCCUGUUUUCACAGUACAUCCAACUGCUAAGUCGGCACCUACUUCUCCAACUAGAGUGCAUAAACCUUCUGCUACUGAACUUCUUGUUACUGUAGACUCUGCGACAAGGACUCUGCGUCGCAUUCUCAACCUUGAGAGUGCUGAUGACUGAACUGCUGGGAGCGUUGAGCUCCUGUGUGUAAGUUUACUGUGCAAAUUGGAAUGGUAUUGAUGUAUAUAGAGUCAAUAAGUAGGAUGGUAGUCUGAGUCUGAAUGAGCUUAGCUUUCAGUAGCAGUAGUAGCAACAAAAGUAAUUGCUUUGGUGGUCAACAAUCUCUAGAUCGUGCAUUAUGAAUUGGGGUUUGUCAGUGUUUGGUGCCUAUGAGCAAGGUUUGUGAAGAAUGGGUUCUUCAGAAUGGUGGAAGAAGCGACAUGUUCAAGAAGCAUAAGUGAAUUUAUGCAAGAGAACGUUGUGGCUGCCAGCAUUCUUCUUUGGCAUUGAAUUGCAUAUUACUUCUCUACAAAAUAUAGGGCUUGAAGUUAAACAUAUGCUUGAGAGCUGUUUGCUUUAAGAUUUCAAGUCCUUGGUUCAAACUCCUAACAAUCACUAACUGACUAAUUUCCCUAGUUUCCUUCUUUUUGUAAAAUGUAGGCCUUUUCUUACUGGAUACCAUGUAAUCUUACUCAACUUCCCUCACAAAUUCCCUAGGUUUCUGUUUUCUGCUAAUACUCUUUGUUUCUAUACCCUUAGUUUGUUUCUCUCCUUCCUUUUAGCUUGAUUUUCAGAAGUCUAUUUCAUUUCUUGCUUAACCUUGCCUCAAUUUACUUCUUAGAUAUUGGCCAAAAAAAAGUAGCUUCUUAGUUAAUCUGCUUCUAACAACUCGUUUUCUUACUCCAUAAUUGCCUGAACUGGCAUGAUACACAUAUCCUCCUUCUUCGCUUCUUUUAGUUUGGAUCUGACGCUUCCGUUUCUCUUCACCAUUUUUUCUGUUUUUUAAGAAGAAAAAAAUGGGAAAGGGAGGUUAAAGUAGUUGUUUACCACUUCUGCCCCUGAUCUUUGUAAGGUUAAACAAAAUUUCCUCUUCCUG